ACUUCACUCUUCUUAGAGCUAAAAGAUAAAAAAAAAUGGCAGGGGGUGGAAUUGGACCAUCAAAUGGCAAAGAAUACCCUGGAAAACUCACAACUAAAGUUCUCAUUACUUGUAUUGUUGCUGCAUGUGGUGGUUUAAUCUUUGGUUAUGACAUUGGAAUUUCAGGGGGAGUGACAUCGAUGCCUAAAUUUUUGGAGAAGUUUUUCCCAGAUGUAUAUGCAAAGGAAGUAUUGCAUACAGUGUCAACUAACCAGUACUGCAAAUUUAACAGCUCGAAAUUGACACUGUUUACUUCUUCUUUAUAUUUGGCUGCGCUUGUUGCAUCUUGGUUUGCUUCAGCUGUAACUAGACAUAUGGGUCGAAGAUUGUCUAUGCUUUUUGGAGGACUUCUUUUUUGCGGUGGUGCUUGUAUUAAUGGAUUUGCCCAAAAUGUGACUAUGCUCAUUAUUGGUAGAGUUCUUCUUGGUUGUGGUAUUGGUUUCGCCAAUCAGUCUGUGCCAGUGUACCUUUCAGAGAUGGCACCAUUUAAAAGCCGUGGUGCAUUAAACAUUAUGUUUCAAAUGUCCAUCACAAUUGGAAUUCUUGCAGCAAAUUUGAUCAAUUAUUUCACCGCGAAGAUAAAAGAUGGAUGGCGUUACAGUUUAGGAGGAGCAGUGGUACCAGCCAUUAUAUUCAUCGUUGGUUCACUUUGUUUACCUGAUACUCCAAAUUCUCUAAUUGAACGUGGCAAUAAGGAAGAAGCGAAAAGGAGGCUUCAGAUAAUAAGAGGAAUUGAAAAUGUGGACGAAGAGUUUUAUGAUUUGGUUGAAGCAAGUGAAAGAUCAAAGGAAGUUAAGCAUCCUUGGAGUAAUAUUCUUGAACCAAAGCAUAGGCCACAACUGACAUUUGCUAUGCUUAUUCCCGCAUUUCAGCAGUUAACUGGGAUGAAUGUUAUCAUGUUUUAUGCACCUGUUCUUUUUAAGACAAUUGGUUUUGGCGAUACUGCUUCACUUAUGUCUGCUGUGAUAACUGGUGGUGUCAACUUUAUGGCCACAUUUGUUUCUAUUCUUGCUGUUGAUAGGGUUGGUAGGAGAUUUCUCUUUAUUGAAGGUGGUUUACAAAUGUUGAUUUGUCAGAUUGUUAUAGCAGUUUCUAUUGCACUCAAAUUUGGGACAAGUGGUAAUCCAGGGGAAUUGCCAAUAUGGUAUGCAUCUUUUGUAGUGCUGUUCAUCUGCAUAUACGUUGCUGGUUUUGCAUGGUCGUGGGGACCUCUAGGAUGGUUGGUUCCAAGUGAAAUUUUCCCUCUAGAAGUUCGAUCAGCCGGCCAGGCAGUCAAUGUGUCAGUCAACAUGAUUUUCACUUUCUUCAUUGCCGAAAUUUUCACAGAAAUGUUAUGUGUCUUCAAGUUUGGUCUCUUCAUAUUCUUUGCUGUUUUUGUUUUUAUUAUGACCUUAUUCAUCUACAACUUCCUUCCCGAGACUAAGGGGAUUCCUAUUGAUGAGAUGAGUAAGAUUUGGAGUAAGCAUUGGUAUUGGCAAAAAUAUGUUCCAAAUGAUGAUCCUCUUCCUCCUCAAUCACCACCAAGAAAGUUACAUUCACCUGUUAAAGAACACAAUAUUCAGAUGGUCGUGGAUGAGAAAGAAGCUUAGAGCAAGGAGAUUAGUUAGGUUUAAUUUCUUAUGAAGUUUUAGUGAAUAAUUUGAUGAAACAUUUUUAAAGUUUUGUUAGUUUAGUCUCUCGGUUUCGGUAAAAUGAGUAUUUUUGUGGUUAAAUGUGAAUUUUAGAGUCUUAGUUUCA